AUGGCACUUGACAAAACAUACAAACAAGGUAUUGAUCUAAGAGAGCAAACAGGUGAAAUAGAAACAUGUCGAAAAGGAAAUAAGGCUGAUUUGAUAGAAUGUCUCAUGACUGCAAGUGGCCUGGCCCAGCCAUGGCAAAAUAUCUCAGAUGAAACUAUGGACGGUAUGGAAGGUGAAGUAUUCAGAGAGGAUGAUACCAAUCAAGAAGGCAUCUUUUGUGGUGGAAGUCCAACUUUCAGUAUGUUGGCUAAGGCUCUUAGCAAUGAUGAGUUGCAUGAGAAAAAGUCAAAGAGAGUCAAAAGAGAGGCCAAGGAUGUUGGUAAUAUAAAAGCAUUGUUAAAUAAGAUUAAACAUUUUAUAAGAACGAAAACACUAGAUAGAACAGUAGUUUUAAAUGUGGCAAAAGAUUUUGGUUGGGAGGUUGCAGUAGAGCUAUCUCAAUUGAAAAAUGAAGGAUUAUCAGCAUAUAGUGAAACAAUCGAAUGGGCAAGACAAGCAGCAAAUUUGAAACAACAA